AACUAUCCCAGAUCCCAGCAACCAGAAACUCAAUUGGACCAAGCCGCCCCUCACUGUGUUGAUCAUCCGCAAGCACCUGGAUGAGUCUGUGCUCAUCCCCUUCAGAGACUUGGUCGUAUGGCUGCUGGAGACGAAGAACAUGGUGGUGUAUGUGGAGCAUAUGGUCUUGGAGGAGCGUAUUCUGCUGGAGGAUGAGGAGUUUCAGAGGAUUCAGGACAGGCUUAUUUCUUUUAAAGAAGGUGUUGAUGACCUGACUGACAAGAUAGAUUUCAUCAUCUGCCUCGGAGGAGAUGGCACACUCCUGUAUGUGUCAUCCUUGUUUCAGGUAACCACAUUCAUUGUUAGAAUUUUCCA